UAGACGAAAGGGGGAAUCCCCGUUUGGAUGUGCGAAGCAACAACCCACGUCCACGUCAUCGUUGGCUUCAAGCCUAUACUCCCUAUCCUGCGAACAAAUCUGAUAAAGAACAGAUCGUGUCUGCUUAACAAGUUCAAGCUUCAUCUGUAGUCUGUACUUGAGCUUGCAGCAUUGCUGUCGAACAGUAUGUACAAGCUGAUGAUGGAAAAGGAGGAGGACAGGGAGAGCUUUCUACCCAAGUAUGAAAGAGAUUAUGGAGAGCACGGUCCAAUCACAGGAGAGCCUCCAAACCAAGAUCAUGGGCAGCCCAAAAACAAGUGUCGACCCCCUCCAGAUCCUGCCAACUUCGAGCACAAUGAUGAUUCUCCACCAUUCGACCACGACAACAAUGUCAAGGAGAGAGGCUAUACUAGUGCCCCAGGAGUAGACAUAGAACUGGGGGACCAGCCACAAUCUUCAAAGAUGGAAGACAUUGCUGGGUUGCCUCAUGGCGAUGAUGGGAUGGAGGAGGAAGAGAAGUUAUCUCAGCCUUCCAGCCUCUCGUCAAAGGAUGGUGGGGUACACCUUCCAUCUUUCCCAGAUGAUGAGGGGGGCUUCAUGGAAGCAGUGGAAAUGCCAAACACACACCUGUCAGAAGGGAACCAGUUCUCGAUGCCCAAAAGCCUCUCCUCCCAGCUGGAUGAGAAGUUAUCUCAGCCUACCAGCCUCUCAUCGGAGGAUGGUGGGGUAUCCCAAGCUCCUCUGCCUGAUGAUGAGGGGGGCAACAUGCAAGCAGUGGAAAUGCCAAACAAACGCCUCUCAGGAGGGGAGCAAUUCUCAAUUAGGCCCAAGAGCCUCUCCUCCCAGCUGGAUGAGAAGUUAUCUCAGCCUACCAGCCUCUCAUCGGACGAUGGUGGGAUACUCCUAGCUCCUCUCCCUGAUGAUGAAGGGGACAUCAUGCAAGCAGUGGAAAUGCCAACGACAGACCUGUCAGGAGGGGAGCAAUUCUCGAUCCCUAAGAGCCUCUCCUCCCAGCCGGAUAAGAUUCUGUCUGUCCAUUUAAAGCGAGUAGGUUGAGUAAAGAGGUCAGCAGGAGGUCUUUAAACUGCUACAAGUUGACCAGAGCAAAGGGAAUGCAGUGUGGAAGAGAGCGGCAGAAGCUGAGAAGGGAGGUCGCCUCUUUGAAAGCAAAGAGGGAGAGGAAUACAUCUGCUGGCCUCGAUGGUGGCAAUGCUGAUAAAAGAGGCACAACCCCCUGGCAGAUCUUCAUACCGCUAUAUGACGAUCUGAAAAUGAUGCUCAGAGAUUUCACCAGGGUGUAUUUGCCCCAGAUGACAUGUUGGAGUAUCACGAUAGCAGUAGGGGUACAUCUGUGGUAGGAGUGACAAACCCGAGCUGCAAUGCAUUAGACCCAAAGUGUGAAAUCCUAUUUGGGUCUAUUAAAGAGGAACUAGGAUUUCGGGGUUAAUGUUGUCGACCUUCACGUGGUGACCCUGUUAACUGACUACUGUCAAACUAACGACAACCGAUAACUAUCAAGAACAGAGACAGCUUAACUAAUCAGAACCUGGCUUCUAAUACAAAUCAUUGGCCAAGCCUGAUUUAUGCUGCUUCAUACAGAAAAUAUUCUCUGUGUGAAGGCAAACUUUGUUCAAGAUUAAAUAAGAAUCAUGCUAUAGAAGGCAAUUUCAAGAUCCUUGUACGUCACAUUUUGAAAUUGUAAUCCGAAUAUGAAUUAUAUGGGACGUGCAAUGGGUUAUUGAAAUUGCCCCUGAGUUAUUUUUUUUUUAAAGUAGUUGUAAUUGUGUUUAUUAUUGUUGUUGUUGUUGGUAGUAUGGCUAUUAUUGUCUUUGAAAUUACUAAUAAUAAUGUUAUGGUAUUCCGUG